AUGGCCCGUGGAAAACGAAACAAGCGGAACCCAAAGGCUCAUGCCCCACCUCCGAUUUCCGAGCGAGAAGCAAGACUUCAAUCGCGUCGGACGCGUCUCCAAGUCCUCGAUCAUCUGCCAAUGUCCGGUGCCGCUCCGUCGCCGCCGGCGUUCCCAGCUACUUCUCCGUCGCCGCAAACACACAUACAUGAAUCGAACUCAAAACCUUUUGGAGAUCGAAUCUCGAUGAUGGGUAUGAGGAUCUCGAGCCCCCGGGGUCAUCCCAGCAAGGCUUGUCCGACGACUCCGUUGACGCGACCCAUUCACGCUCGGCCGUCAGACUGCGAAGGGUGCGUACUGCCUCAGUCAUCAGACCAUGUCGUUACUUGAAAGUCUAACGUUUAUGUUGCUGCUAGUCUUUCAAUGAAGUGGAUCUAUCCCCUGGAUCGGACAAGAGGCUGCAUGAGCCACAGACUCGCCCACGAGUAGUAGACUACAGCUUGGUGAGCAGACGAUGAGUUCAUGGUGGCGGCUACCCGUUCAUAAUCCAUCUUUAGGGGCAUUUAUGAACUUGUCUGAUGGCCCAUUCCACCCAAAUUGAUCAUUUGGGCGCUCUAGUUACAGUCGGGGUCGUCGAUGACUUUACUGCAAGAGGAAGCGCCUGUGUUCCCCGAGCCGCGAACGUCCGGCGAGACGAUCAAUUGCGGUUCCGUUGCAAGUUCUCCUGGUGGCUGGCCAGGGUCCACCAGCGUUGAGGUACGAGACGACACGUUUGAUCACGGUCGCGCUCGAACGGAGAGCAUAAUGUCCGAGGCGGAACCCGAACAAACCGCACGAGUUCGCGACUCGCCUUCGCCUCAUCGACUCAGCGUCGCGUCAUCGAUCUGUUCCUCGGAAGGAUCGAGCACACACGAUUCUGGUGGCGUCUUGGAUCACGACGACAGUGCGCUGAAUAUGGGAGGUAAGCGAGUCUUUAAUGCGCAACUGCAAUACCGGCUCGUUCAAUCGUCGAAUCUCCCAUCAGAUAUCCACACUGGGCAAAUUGACCUCGACUUCGACGAUGUGACAUCAUCCGUGACCGAGCGUCUUUCACCACGCCCCUUCAAGACUAUUUUGCUGGGUACGUUACAGAAAUUCCAUUACAAAGGGAGGAGAAUGUAGCCCAUGCUUCCGUCUUGGCCCUAACGAACCUGCGUUUAUUACAGUGCAUCGCUGUGAGGUUCCAACUAUCUGGCCAUCGCCAAGCCAAUUCGAGCCCACCACAUGUGGUGUGACCGCUUACGAAUACAACGGCGACUUGUUUCUUUCGCUUCGAGACGUGUUCACCGGCUCCCACAAUAUGUGUCUUUGGAAGGGCACAUCCCCACGUCAGUCAACUGUCGCGCCAUUUCCGACUCGGCAAAAACUUUGACACUAAUUCGACCCUCAACUGGGUACCCAUAGCUGAUGAUGCCUGCGGGCGCUACUCCCGUGGCACGUUCUCUUUAUCUGGAUCACAAAACAUGAUUUUUCAAACGGAUGUUUUCAGUCAACUAGAGUCUGCUAGCCCUGCCGACACAACGCUCCUGAGUUCUGCCCAAUUCAUUCGACUGGCCAAAGGCGCAGCAGCUUCGGAUCCUCCACAACUCUGGAUACAGGUACAUUCUUACUCCCUCGUUGGUUCUCUUCUGGUGGCUCUUUUCGCCAGAAUCAUUUUAACACACUCUGGUCUCAUGUGAGACAGAUGUUCUCCACCGAAGCUCAACGGAGAGAGGUGCUCGGCCACUUCUUGCCCACCACCGUCGAUCUGCCGCCAAUCGGUCACAGCCAAGGCCCUGUCGUCCUGGGCGCAUCUGCAACCGACCCUAAGCGAGGCACGUUGCUCACUACGACUUGCCCUCCUCAAACCGACGUGUUGGAACCAGGCAGCUGCCCAAACUCGACCUCUCUCGCUGGAGCCAACGUGCCGGCACCGCACGCGGCUAAGACGCCAAAUCCCCCGGACGACCCCGCGACCCUGCCCUUCUGCAUGCGCCUUGAUACUUCAGGCGCCCCCCUCCUCGUUGUAUUUCUCUCAGAAUUGAAGCCCGAAGAAAUUCGGAGCGCCUACGUCCCCAAUGGAACAUGGACGAUCCCAAUUCGCGUCGAGCGCCAUGGGUUGAAUACUAGUCCGAUCAUUCAGCCCAUCUUCUCUUACAGCAAACAGUCUGGCUCGAGAUACCGCAAACGUCCUCACCACAACAAGUACCCUCAUCUUUCAACAAAAGUCAAAGCCAUCAAAUCGAAGUGCUUGGGAGUAUAUGUGUGCGCAGAUUCCGACUGCUUUGGUAUCGACCGAGCCAAGGGAACGUCGUCUGUCGGAUCGCGUUCCAACACCGUUUCAGCUGCCAGGGACGGACCCAAGCGACACGUGCAUUCGACGUGUACGGCGCACUCACUUCGGCGAGAUUGUGACAUAUGCCAUGGGCCGUUGAUGCACAAAACAUGCGAAGCGUACACUCUCAUAGCGCAACUGGACGAUUCGGAUCUCACGGCAGCAGAGCUUGCGGAUCCUAAGUAAGUAUUACCUUCUUCACGGCCUCAACAGCCCCACAUAUCUUUAGCUCAUGAUCGCCUCACGCUGCAGCUUCGACAGAUCUAAAUUUCGAAACGUGUGGCAUGUCGGCUACCAUGGUCAUCGUCCGCCACCGGCCAACGCCUCCGACCCCGCUGCUGCGCGAGCUUAUGCGGCAACCUUGCAUUAUCGCACAAGCAUCCAUCCCGCUGUGCCCCGGGCGUACUUGAUCCGAGGCAAUACGCCCCAUUAG